AUGGAAAUAGCCAGCGUGAUGGAUAACAUGAUGAAAAACAGCAUGGGACUUCACGAUGACCGGUCGUCACGGAACAGCAACAGCAGCAGUUCCGGCUCACCAACGGUCGUACAUGAAAAGAAAAAAAUGCUAGACAUUACGCGGGACCGACCUAUCAAAAUAGCCGUUCGGGUUCAAGUUCCGGUACGGGACCAUCCAAAGUUCAACUUUGUCGGCAAACUGCUCGGCCCAAAGGGCAACUCGCUCAAGCGCCUGCAGGAAGAAACGAUGUGCAAAAUGGCCGUCCUAGGUAAAGGGUCGAUGCGCGACCGAAAGAAGGAAGAGGAACUACGGCUCAGCGGUGAUCCACGGUACGCGCAUCUCUCCGAGGACCUGCACGUGGAAAUUUCCACCUACACGGCGCCGGCGGAAGCGCACGCCCGCAUCGCGUACGCCCUGGCGGAAGUGCGCCGGUUUCUGGUUCCGGACUACCACGAUGACAUCCGGCAGGAACAAAUGUGGGAAAUGCAAGCGCUAAAUUCACAGACGGCGUCCAGUAAUCUCACCUCAGCCCACGAAACCGCCCUCAACGGAGCCUGCGGAAACGGGCUCGCCACCGCCAAUGGCAUGAGCCUCAGCAGCAGCGGAAGCAGUUGUAGCACCGGCAGCACCGGAAGCACCACCAACGGAACGCUGCCAUCAAACGGCACCCUCAGCAACGGAACGGCUCUCAACGGUGUGGUCAACGUGGCGCAAGUCAUCUCAAACGGAAGCAACGGUCCCUCGGCGGCGGUCGUCGUUGGAUCAGAACUUAACAGCAGCACCAGCAAUGGCACCACGCAAGGCUCAUCCACCGUUUCCGACCUGCAGCACGUGGCGAACUCGCUCACGCACCACCAACAACACCACCACCAGCAACACCAAUCGCAGAACCAGUUCCUGUCGAGCGACGCAGACAUGAGCAGCCUCCUGCAGCCGAUGGACGUGAACAUGCCGUCGACAAAUCAUUUCGUGAAUUCCCUACCAACGAGUGACCUGGAAGCGCAAACGCUCGCGUUCGUUGAAUCGGCCAACGCUUUCCUGCAUCCGGCGUUGCGCGGCGUGAAAGCCGUUAGCUUAGCACGCAAACGGCCCCUGCUGGGCGGACCACGAUCGACCAUGAACCCCACCAAGCGCACCGUGAUGACGCUGAUUGCACGGGCACGCACAGCCCAGGCCCUGCACGGCUCACGGACGGCCCAACCGAUCGGCGAACCCAUACAGGUGAUCACCUCGCCGUUAAUUCUGCAACCGCCUCUGGAUUUACUACAGCCAAACGCGAGCGCUGGAGUGGCCAAAGAAAACAUUCUCCAGGGCGCCUAA